GGCCUUUCUAGGGAGUUUUUCCUAGCCACCAUGCUUCUACACCUGCAUUUCUUGUUGUUUGGGGUUUUAGGCUGGGUUUGUACAGCACUUUGUGACAUCAGCUGAUGUAAAGAGGGCUUUAUAAAUACAUUUGAUUUGAUCUAUUGAUGGGCAUACAUGUAUGGGUAUACAUGGGCAUAGAAUUGCAUAUCCUUAAUGAUUGUUUCCCUAGUAGACAACCAGUGACGAGACAGAUGACUUAGUGCUGAGGUGUGACCUUUCCUGAGAGCAUAAUGGAGUCGUCUGAACACAAUGCUGAGUUGGUGGAUGAACACAGGUCCCAGCUCAUUCAGAGGGUCUCCACGGUGAUGCCUAUAGCUGAUAAGCUGCUCGCUGAAGGCAUGAUCCAUGAAGAGGUGUACUCUAACAUCAGCGCUGCCAGAACUGACGAGGACAAAAUGAGGGAGCUCUUUAAAGCCCUCCACUCUGGUGGAAACAAAGUGAAAUCUGCCUUUCUCUCCAUGCUGAGGGAGAAUGAACCUAAUCUGGUCCAGGACUUGGAAUUCCACAUCAAACAAGGAGAUCAACGAGAGAACAAAAGCACAACAAGCCUAAAGUACAAGGAAUUCAUCAGAGGUGAAUAUGCCACAGUGCAGGAGUACAACUCUCUCCCUGGAGAACAUGUGAAGUUAGAUGAUCGCUACACUGAGCCCCUGAUCAUCCAGAAACACCGUCUGCAGAGAGAGAGAGAGGAGGAGAUCCGCUCCAGAGGACAGAACUUUUAUCUACUCAUGGACCAGAGGGACAGUGAGACCUACAAGAGUACCAAAGUGGAGAGGCUGUUUGAUCCAGAUGAGCACGGAGACAUUCAGAGAACAGUGAUACUGCAGGGCCACUCUGGAACUGGCAAGUAAUUUACCACUCAGAAGAUCAU